AUGAAUUCAAUCAGCAGUUCAUGGGAGGAAGAAGCUUUUGCAGAAGACUCCAUGGGUCCUCUUGGAGGGUUCAUAUGGCCUCCAAGAAGUUACUCGUGCAGCUUUUGUAAUAGAGAAUUCAAGUCUGCACAAGCACUAGGUGGCCAUAUGAAUGUCCACAGGCGAGAUAGAGCUAAACUUCAGCAAUCUCCUGAUCGGAAAAACGAAGUUCUUCGGCAUGUAAAUUAUAGUCUAAAUCUUCCUAAUGUUAAACAUCAAUAUGAAGCUUGCAAAUAUGGUGACAAAACUAGUUUUUCAUCCAUGUUUUAUCAAGAAAAUUCAUUCGAUCACAGUUACUUGCACGUUUCUCCGGCUUCAUCUCCGCGGCCCAAAACUGCACCAGAGGAGCAUACGAGGAAAGGAAAACUUAUGUUAGAGUACGAUGAUGAGAUGAAUAGCUGCAGCAGUAAGAGACCUAAAAAAACUGGUGUCCCAUCAUUGCAAAUAUUUCAGAAUCUAUGUUCAAGUGAUGGAUUCACAAAUUUACAGAAAACCAGCUCUAUGGAGGACAUUGAUCUCGAGCUCAGGUUAGGAGAUCCUCCAGCAGUGAAGUAG